CUACAGACACAUACCUGGGGCAUCCAUUUGAGCUGUUGCAGGGCCCAGAAGCUGACUUCCUGGAUCUUGAUCACAUGGUUUUCUGAGCUGCUGCUCUCAGACCCACGGGUCCCUGGGUGGGCCAGAUGAGAAGGGUGGGUGCUGUGGGCAUCAGGAAGGGGAAGGGGAAAGGAGCAGCAAGGCCAUGGGUGAUGUUGUGGACUGGCAGAGUGGAGGCCAGAACUGACCAGUGUCCUGGCCCCCACAUCUCCCUCCCUGCAGAGAGAGCAGCCAUGGAGGAGGUAGUGAUCGCGGGCAUGUCUGGGAAGCUGCCCGAGUCAGAGAACAUGGAGGAGUUCUGGGCCAAUCUCAUCGGUGGCGUGGACAUGGUGACGGACGACGACAGGCGGUGGAAGGCAGGACUCUACGGCCUGCCCAGGCGGACUGGCAAGCUCAAGGACCUGUCCAAGUUCGACGCCUCCUUCUUCGGGGUCCACCCUAAGCAGGCUCACACCAUGGACCCCCAGCUACGCUUGCUGCUGGAAGUCACCUACGAGGCAAUCGUGGAUGGAGGCAUCAACCCAGCCUCGCUGCGAGGGACGCACACUGGUGUCUGGGUGGGCGUGAGCGGCUCAGAGGCAUCAGAGGCUCUGAGCCGAGACCCCGAGACGCUGGUGGGCUACAGUAUGGUGGGCUGCCAGCGUGCCAUGAUGGCCAACCGUCUCUCCUUCUUUUUCGACUUUAAAGGGCCCAGCAUCGCUCUGGACACGGCCUGUUCCUCCAGCCUGCUGGCCCUGCAGAACGCCUACCAGGCCAUCCGCAGCGGGGAGUGCCCCGCGGCCAUCGUGGGAGGCAUCAAUGUCCUGCUAAAGCCCAACACCUCUGUGCAGUUCAUGAAGCUGGGAAUGCUCAGCCCCGAGGGCACUUGCAAGUCCUUCGAUGAGGCUGGGAACGGCUACUGCCGCUCAGAGGCCGUGGUGGCCAUCCUAGUGACCAAAAAGUCCCUGGCCCGGCGGGUGUACGCCACCAUCCUGAAUGCUGGCACCAACACAGACGGCGGCAAGGAGCAAGGUGUGACCUUCCCCUCUGGAGAGGCGCAGGAGCAGCUCAUCCGCUCCCUGUAUGAGCCGGCUGGGGUGGCCCCUGAGUCCCUCGAGUACAUCGAAGCCCAUGGCACUGGCACCAAGGUGGGCGACCCACAGGAGCUGAACGGCAUCGUCCGAGCCCUGUGCGCCACCCGCCAGGAUCCCCUGCUGAUCGGGUCCACCAAAUCGAACAUGGGGCACCCGGAGCCUGCUUCAGGGCUCGCAGCACUCGCCAAGGUGCUGCUGUCCCUGGAGCAUGGGCUCUGGGCCCCCAACCUGCACUUCCACAGCCCGAACCCCGAGAUCCCGGCCCUGCAGGAUGGGCGGCUGCAGGUGGUGGACCGGCCGCUGCCCGUCCGUGGGGGCAACGUGGGCAUCAACUCCUUCGGCUUUGGCGGCUCCAAUGUGCACGUUGUCCUCCAGCCAAACUCAAGACCACCCCUGGCGCCCGCCCCACAUGCCGCCCUGCCCCGACUGCUGCGGGCUAGUGGGCGUACCCCCGAGGCUGUGCUGGGCCUGCUGGAGCAGGGCCGCCAGCACAGCCAGGACCUGGCCUUCGUGACCAUGCUCAACGACAUCGCAGCCACCCCCACCACCGCCAUGCCCUUCCGGGGCUACACUGUGCUGGGCGGUGAGGGUCGCGCCCAAGAAGUGCAGCAAGUGCCCGCUGGCCAACGCCCACUCUGGUUCAUCUGUUCUGGGAUGGGUGCACAGUGGCGCAGGAUGGGGUUGAGCCUCAUGCGCCUGGGCAGCUUCCGCGACUCCAUCCUGCGCUCCGACGAGGCCGUGAAGCCCUUGGGACUGCAGGUGUCGGACCUGCUACUGAGCGCAGAGGAGGAUACCUUCGAUGACACCGUCCACGCCUUCGUGAGCCUCACCGCCAUCCAGAUCGCCCUCAUAGACCUGCUGACCUCCAUGGGCCUGAGGCCCGACGGUAUCAUCGGGCACUCCCUGGGCGAGGUGGCCUGCGGCUACGCCGAUGGCUGUCUCUCUCAGGAGGAGGCUGUCCUCGCUGCCUACUGGAGGGGCCAGUGCAUCAAGGAGGCCAAUAUCCCGCCAGGGGCCAUGGCAGCUGUGGGCUUGUCCUGGGAGGAGUGUAAGCAGCGCUGCCCCCCCGGCGUUGUGCCUGCCUGCCACAACUCUGAGGACACGGUGACCAUCUCGGGACCUCAGGCUGCUGUGUCCGAGUUUGUGGGGCAGCUGAAGCAGGAGGGCGUGUUUGCCAAGGAGGUGCGGACAGGUGGUAUAGCCUUCCACUCUUACUUCAUGGAGUCCAUCGCCCACACACUACUGCAGGCACUCAAGAAGGUGAUCCGGGAGCCUCGGCCCCGCUCGGCGCGCUGGCUCAGCACCUCCGUCCCCGAGGCCCAAUGGCAUGGCAGCCUGGCCCGCACAUCUUCAGCUGAGUACAAUGUCAACAACAUGGUGAGCCCCGUGCUGUUCCAAGAAGCGCUGUGGCAUGUGCCUGAGCACGCCGUGGUGCUGGAGAUCGCCCCCCAUGCCCUGCUGCAGGCUGUUCUAAAGAGAGGUCUCAAGCCUAGCUGUACCAUCAUCCCCCUGAUGAAGAAGGACCACAAAGACAAUCUGGAGUUCUUCCUCAGCAACGUGGGCAGGCUCCACCUGAUGGGCAUCGACAUCAACCCCAACGGCCUGUUUCCACCCGUGGAAUUCCCGGCUCCCCGGGGGACCCCACUCAUCUCCCCGCACAUCAAGUGGGACCACAGCCAGACCUGGGAUGUGCCCACUGCAAAUGACUUCCCUAGUGGUUCCACCUGCUCCUCCUCCACCAUCUACAACAUCGACGCCAGCCCUGAGUCCCCCGACCACUACCUGGUGGACCACUGCAUCGACGGCCGCGUCAUCUUCCCUGCUACCGGCUACCUGUGUCUGGUCUGGAGAACACUGGCACGUGCCCUGGGCCAAAACAUGGAGCAGAUGCCUGUGGUGUUUGAGGAUGUGACACUGCACCAGGCUACCAUCCUGCCCAAGACGGGGAAUGUGCUACUGGAGGUGCGGCUUCUGGAGGCCUCCCGUACCUUCGAGGUGUCUGAGAAGGGCAACCUGAUAGUGAGUGGGAAGGUGUACCAGUGGGAUGACCCCGACCCCAAGCUCUUCAAGAACUGCGAUGGCCUGGACCCCACAGCCACAUUCCACCUGGCCCAGGGCGAUGUGUACAAGGAGCUGCGGCUGUGUGGCUAUGACUACGGCCCUCACUUCCAAGGCAUUCUCAAAGCCAACCUCGAAGGCAACACAGGCCAGCUGCUGUGGAAGGACAACUGGGUGACCUUCCUGGACACCAUGCUGCAGAUGUCCAUCCUGGGCUCAGGCCAGCGCAGCCUCCGCCUGCCCACCCGCAUCACUGCCAUCCACAUCGACCCUGCCACCCACCGGCAGAAGGUGUACGCACUGCAGGGCGAGGCCCAAGCGGCUGACGUGGUGGUGGACAGCUGUCUGAGCAGAACACUGGCCGGGGGUGCCAUCGUCUCGCGGGUCCACACCUCAGUGGCUCCGCGGCGACAGCAGGAGCAGCUCACGCCCAUCCUGGAGAAAUUCUGCUUCACGCCACACGUGGAGGGGGCGUGCUUGGCCGGGAGCGCGGCCCUGCAGGAGGAGCUGCAGCUGUGCAGGGGGCUGGCACAGGUGCUGCAGGUCACGGGGGCUGCGCAGGGCCUGAAGAUGGUGGUCCCUGGGCUGGACGGGACCCAGGUCCCCCGGGAGCCCCCGCAGCAGGGCCUGCCUCGGCUGUUGGCAGCUGCCUGUCAGCUGCAGCUCAAUGGGAAUCUGCAGCUGGAACUGGGCCAGGUGCUGGCCCAGGAGAGGCCCCUGCUGUGUGAUGAUCCCCUGCUCAGCGGGCUCCUCGACUCCCUGGCGCUCAAGGCUUGUGUGGACACCGCCAUGGAGAACAUGCCCAGCCUCAGGAUGAAGGUGGUGGAGGUGCUGGCUGGUGAUGGCCACCUGUAUUCCCGCAUCCCGGCGCUGCUCACCACCCAGCCCAUGCUGCAGCUGGACUACAUGGCCACUGACCGCCACACUCAGGCCCUGGAGGCUGCCCAGGCCAAGCUGCAGCAGCACAAUGUAGCCCGGGGCCAGUGGGACCCCAUGGACCCUGCCCCUGGCAGCCUGGGUGCCGCCGACCUCCUGGUGUGCAACUGUGCCGUGGCCAACCUCGGCGACCCGGCCACCGCCCUCAGAAACAUGGCAGCUGUCCUCAAGGAGGGCGGCUUCCUGCUGCUGCACACCCUGCUCAGAGGACACCCCCUGGGGGAGAUGGUCGCCUUCCUCACCUGCACCGAGCUGCAGAGAGGCAGGCAGAGCCUCCUGAGCCAGGCGGAGUGGGAGAGCCUGUUUUCUGGGGUGUCCCUGCGCCUGGUGGCUCUGAAGAAGUCCUUCUAUGGCUCUGUCCUCUUCCUGUGCCGCCGGCCAGCCCCACAGGACAGCCCCGUCUUCCUGCCUGUGGAGGACACCAGCUUCCAAUGGGUGGACUCUCUGAAGAACAUUCUGGCCGACUCCUCCUCUCGGCCCGUGUGGUUGACAGCUGUCAGCUGCACCACCUCAGGCGUCGUGGGCAUGGUGAACUGUCUCCGCAAAGAGCCCGGCGGGCACCGGAUCCGGUGCAUACUGGUGUCCAACCUCAGCAACACAUCGCCCAUCCCCAAGCUGGACUCAAGCUCCUUGGAGCUGCAGAAGGUGCUGCAGGGGGAUCUGGUGAUGAACAUCUACCGGGACGGGGCCUGGGGGGCCUUCCGCCACUUCCCACUGGAGCAGGACCAGCCAGAGGAGCAGACAGAGCAUGCCUUCGUAAAUGUCCUCACCCGCGGGGACCUCUCCUCCAUCCGCUGGGUCUGCUCCCCGUUGCGCCAUGCCCAGCCUACCGGCCCCAGCACCCACCUCUGCACCGUCUACUACGCCUCCCUCAACUUCCGAGACAUCAUGCUGGCCACGGGCAAGCUGUCCCCUGAUGCCAUCCCAGGAAAGUGGGCCACCCGGGACUGCAUGCUGGGCAUGGAGUUCUCUGGCCGAGAUGCCAGUGGGAAGCGCGUGAUGGGGCUGGUGCCCGCCGAAGGCCUGGCCACCUCCGUCCUGCUGUCUCAGGACUUCCUGUGGGACGUGCCCUCCUGCUGGACCCUGGAGGAGGCGGCUUCCGUGCCUGUUGUCUAUACCACUGCCUACUACUCGCUGGUGGUGCGCGGGCGCGUGCAGCGUGGGGAGACAGUGCUCAUCCACUCCGGCUCGGGCGGUGUGGGCCAGGCCGCCAUUGCCAUCGCCCUCAGCCUGGGCUGUCGCGUCUUCACCACCGUGGGGUCAGCCAAGAAGCAGGCAUACCUCCAGGCCAGGUUCCCCCAGCUCAAGGACACCAGCUUCGCCAACUCCCGGGACACGUCUUUUGAGGAGCAUGUGCUGCGGCACACAGCCGGGAAGGGUGUUGACCUGGUCCUGAACUCCCUGGCAGAAGAAAAGUUGCAGGCCAGUGUGCGGUGCCUGGCCCAGCAUGGCCGCUUCCUGGAAAUUGGCAAAUUCGAUCUUUCCAACAACCACCCCCUGGGCAUGGCCGUCUUCCUGAAGAACGUGACUUUCCACGGGAUCCUGCUAGAUGCGCUCUUUGAUGCAGCUAGCUCCGACUGGCCCGAGGUGGCGGCGCUGCUGCGGGCGGGCAUCCAGGAUGGCGUGGUGCAGCCCCUCAAGUGCACUGUGUUCCCCAAGACCAAAGUGGAGGACGCCUUCCGCUACAUGGCCCAAGGGAAGCACAUUGGCAAAGUGGCCAUCCAGGUGCGCGAGGAGGAGCAGGAGGCGGAGCUGCAGAGGGUGAAGCCCACCGUGAUGGCGGCUGUGUCCAAGACCUUCUGCCCAGCCCACAAGAGCUAUGUCAUCACUGGGGGCCUGGGUGGCUUCGGCCUUGAGCUGGCCCAGUGGCUUGUGCUACGAGGGGCCCAGAAGCUGGUGCUGACCUCCCGCUCGGGGAUCCGUACAGGCUACCAGGCCAAGCAGGUCCGUGAGUGGAGGCACCAGGGCGUGCAGGUCCUGGUGUCCACCAGCAAUGCCAGCUCACUAGAUGGGGCCCGGGCCCUCAUCACGGAGGCUGUGCAGCUCGGGCCUGUGGGAGGCGUCUUCAACCUGGCCAUGGUUCUGAGAGACGCUAUGCUGGAGAACCAGACCCCUGAGCUUUUCCAGGACGUCAACAAGCCCAAGUACAGCGGCACCCUCAACCUGGACAGGGUGACCCGGGAGGCGUGCCCUGAGCUCGACUAUUUCGUGGCCUUCUCCUCGGUGAGCUGCGGGCGCGGCAACGCCGGCCAGACCAACUACGGCUUCGCCAACUCUGCCAUGGAGCGCAUAUGCGAGAAGCGCAGGCACGAUGGCCUCCCAGGCCUUGCCGUGCAGUGGGGUGCCAUUGGUGAUGUGGGCAUCAUCCUGGAGGCAAUGGGCACCAAUGACACGGUCAUCGGCGGGACACUGCCUCAGCGCAUCGCCUCCUGCCUCGAGGUGCUCGACCUCUUCCUGAACCAGCCCCACCCUGUCUUGAGCAGCUUUGUGCUGGCUGAAAAGAAGGCCACAGCCAGAAGCGACGACCAGCGAGACCUGGUGAAGGCCGUGGCUCACAUCCUGGGCAUCCGAGACUUGGCCGCUGUCAACCUGGACAGCUCGCUGAUGGACCUGGGCCUGGACUCACUCAUGGGCGUGGAGGUGCGCCAGACGCUGGAGCGUGAGCAUGACCUGGUGCUGUCCAUGCGGGACAUCCAGCAGCUGACUCUCCGGAAGCUGCAGGAACUUUCCUCACAGGCCAGCGUGGCUGAUGAGCUGGCGGCCCCCACACCCACAGAGGACAGCCCCACCAGGCAGCAGGCCCAGCUGAACUUGAGCACUCUCCUGGUGAACCCUGAGGGCCCGACGUUGAUGCGGCUCAACUCAGUGCAGAGCUCCGAGCGGCCCCUGUUCCUGGUGCACCCCAUCGAGGGCUCCAUCACUGUGUUCCACAGCCUGGCCGCCAAGCUCAGCAUCCCCACCUACGGCCUGCAGUGCACUCGAGCUGCACCCCUGGACAGCAUCCAGAGCCUGGCUGCCUACUACAUCGAGUGCAUCAGGCAGGUGCAGCCCGAGGGGCCCUACCGCAUUGCCGGCUACUCCUACGGGGCCUGUGUCGCCUUCGAGAUGUGCUCGCAGCUGCAGGCGCAGCAGAGUCCGGCCCCCGCGCACAACAGCCUCUUCCUGUUUGACGGCUCGCACACCUACGUGAUGGCCUACACACAGAGCUACCGUGCAAAGCUGACCCCUGGCUGUGAGGCGGAGGCCGAGACCGAGGCCAUGUGCUUCUUCACGCAGCAAUUCACGGACACAGAGCACAGCAGGGUGCUGCAGGUGCUGCUGCCCCUCAAGGGCCUGGAGGAGCGUGUGGCAGCCACCGUAGACCUGAUCGCACAGAGCCACGCAGGCCUGGACCGCCGGGCACUCAGCUUCGCUGCCCACUCCUUCUACCACAAGCUGCGCGCGGCCGAGCAGUACACACCACAGGCCACCUACCACGGCAACGUGACGCUGCUGCGCACCAAGACGGGCGGCGCCCAAGGCGAGGGCCUGGGCGCCGACUACAACCUGUCCCAGGUGUGCGAUGGCAAGGUGUCUGUGCAUGUCAUUGAGGGGGACCACGGCACGCUGCUGGAGGGCAGCGGCCUGGAGUCCAUCCUCAGCAUCAUCCACAGCUCCCUGGCCGAGCCACGCGUCAGUGUGCGGGAGGGCUAGCAUGCCCCUGCUGCCCUCGCCCACACCGCCCCCCGCCAGUCCCGCGGGUCUGGGCAAGUCCUGCCGGUGGGACAUUGCCCUGCCCCGCUGCCUGGGUCCAGACCCCUGCCUCCACUCUGCACCGUUGCCUGUGGCCGGCCCCUAUAAGUAGGACUGACACCGCGCCCUCCCAAGGGCUCCUCCCAACUAGGCACCUCAGUCUCCACCUCCCAUGUGACCAUCUCCAAUGGGCACCCUUCCUGGACGUCUGGGCCCGCCACCUCCCGUGGGCAUCUCCACGUGGGCGCGGGGCCGGGACCCGUGCCACCGACUCGGAGACCUGCCCUGGUCUGUGAAGAGUCGGCCAAGCCAGGCCGAGCUUUUGUACCACAUGGGAUCUCCCACGUGGGUCUGUUUGUCAUUUCUCUGAAUUCUCCUAUUUAUUGUGUCGCUGAGGAAAGGCCAGGCCUCAAUCCACCCGGUGAGGGCCGGUGCCAGUGGUCCUUCUCAGCCAGGCUGGCGCUAGAACCCACAGCCCUGGGGGCCCCAUGAUGCAGGGACCUGUGGAGCGGAGCAGCCCCAGGGCACGAUGGGCAACCUCUUUCUGUUCGUCUGUUUGUCUUUCAAGAAACAUGAUUCAAAUUGUUGCUUGGAUUUUGAAAUUUACUGUCAACUCUCAGUAUAAAGAAUCUUGUCUGGACCCUGUUUCAUUUUUACAGCAAUCUGGUAAAAAUGCUGCUCUUCUUGGAGCCGUCCCACAAUUAAACCACACGCGAGCUCUG